CCUCUUCUCUGCUUCUUAUACUCUCUCCCAAUCCCUUUGCGCUCUAACAAGUGGGGUGAUCGCAUGACGAGAACGAUGGGGCAGAGCCGCAGCCACCUGGAGGACUUCCAUCUCAACGUGCUCUCCGUCACCCCCUACACACCCAGCACGGCUGACAUCCAGGUGUCCGAUGAUGACAAAGCAGGAGCCACCUUGCUCUUCUCAGGCAUCUUUCUGGGACUGGUGGGGAUCACCUUCACUGUCAUAGGCUGGAUCAAAUACCAAGGUGUGUCCCACUUUGAAUGGACCCAGCUCCUUGGGCCCAUUCUGCUGUCCGUUGGGGUGACAUUCAUCCUGAUUGCCGUCUGCAAGUUCAAAAUGCUCUCCUGCCACUUGUGCAAAGAAAGUGAGGAAAGGGCCCUGGACUCGGAACCGGCACUGGGUGGACAGUCGUUUGUUUUUACUGGCAUCAACCAACCCAUCACCUUCCAUGGGGCCACUGUGGUGCAGUAUAUCCCUCCUCCUUAUGGUUCUCAAGAGCCUACUGGGAUGAACACCACCUACCUGCAGCCAGUGGUGAGCCCCGGUGGUCUCAUACCCUCUGGAGGGACAGUGGCCACCACGCCGAGCCCUCCUCAGUACUACACCAUCUACCCUCAAGAAAAUGCUGCAUUUGUUGAUGACGAGAACUACCCAGCUUACAUGGCCAGGUCAGGCCUUGACGCUGACCUGUUAGAAGAGACGCAACUGGAAGGUGAAGACUGUACCUGCUUCUCUCCUCCCUCAUAUGAGGAAAUAUAUUCCAUCCCUCGCUAGAGACUAAAAUACUAAGGGAACAAGCAUUUAAAUCAUCAUUACCUGACAACUGAAUUGUUCUAUGCUGUGACCGUCAGAAGUCAGCAGGGCAGCUCAGGCAGCCGGACAGACACCACUCAAGUGUUGGGGUAGAAGGAGGGGGGAGUGGGAGGUGCAACUCAUUAGUAUAGUUAAAAUGAGGCUGGGGUGGGGGUGGGGUGGGAGUGGAUUCCCUUUCAGUAGUUUCUAAUUCCUUCAUAUAAGAAAUCCCCUGUAUAAGGUUCAGCAGCAAGAAUUUCACUGUUUAUCUACCAUCCCUCCCCCAUCCCUAUGCAAGGGCACUGGUGUCUCUAUUACGUUAAUUGCAGCAGCCAAGAGAAAAAUCACUAUUCCUGAGACUUUGGGGAUUUCCAUAGUGAAGAGGGAAGGAGAGAAGAAAAAAACAGGCCCAACUAGAGAUUUCCCAGGGCCUGUCCUCAGCCCCAGAUGUGACUUGAGUGUCCCUAACAAUUGGUGGCCUUUGAGGGCUCUGGGUCUCUUAAAGGCUCCAAGAAACUAAAUAAAAAUCAGAUAAAAUAAAUAAUGUCUUCCAUUAGAAUAAUAUCUGGUAGUAUGAGAUAGCUGGCUAAACCAUGCAAAAUAAAAAUGAUAGGAAAAUGGUGUGAAAAAAUCCUAAAGCUAUCUCUGGGACACAAGGACUCUUGGCUGCAAUGUUCUCUUCUGCGAGGUUGAAGCUUGGUGUGUGGUGAUGGCUGGGAUCCGUGCUAGACCUGAGCUAACUGGGCCCAGAGGCCCCACAGCUCACAGAUGCUUCUCUAAGCAUCGUAGAUGAGUUCUGUAUAAAGUUGCCUUAUCUGUUAGGUCGUGAAUUACGGACACAAUUUUUAUGGCCAAGACAAGCUUGACUUCAUAAAAAGUCUUUACCAGGACACCCAAUGGUGCCCCUAAUCUUCCUGAAUCUGUACUGUGUGAUGAACAACCAGAAUAGUCCCACAAUAUUUUAGGGGAGACUUAAAGUUAAAACUUUCAGGUUUAAAAAGAAAAUAUUUACCUUGGACUACAAAAAUAAGACAUGCCAGGUAAGAGUGGCUCUCAUCCCAGAGGAAGACAGGAUUUGCAAUUCUUUAAAGUUUUGGUACCGAGUUUGUGUUUGGAGUGAUUUUUAUUAAUUUUUAUCAGAAACAUCUAGGCUUUCAAGGACAUGAUUAAAAUAAACUUGAUAUAUUAUUGUUGUGAUUUGUAUUGUAUCUUAGGGACCAAACCUUUUUAUAUGAGAAUUCAUUUUCAUGUUCGAUGACUGAUUGAUAGAAGUUUGUGGGAAAAUGUGAUUCAGUUUAGAGUAAUUAGCUUGAGUUUCUCAGCCUUUCUGAAAAUACUGGAUUCCUAUACCAGGACCACUGGUUCUGGGGAAGAAUUUGGUGUCAGGCAAAUGGCCCCUCAUUCCCUCAAGCCUGCCUCCUCGCCCCUUUACCUCCCUACCCUCACUCACCCCACAAUUACAGAUUCGUGGAUUUUGGAUUACAAUGAAUAUCAAGGAUAGCUCAAAAGAGAAAAAGAUGUUAGGAAAGGGCAUCUGUGUGGGACUGGCAGGACAACCAGUUGGUUUUGAGGAAGCUGGGAGUUGGCUAUGCAGGGAGGAGUCCUUGGGGAGUUUUUAGCUCCAGGCAGCAGAGUCCUUCAGCACCACUUUCCUUGAUGGAGUCUUUCCAAGACAGAGAAAGUGUGCUAACCUAGAGGCCAUUUAUGCUUGCAAAGACAGUGCUUCAAGGGCUAAAGGCUUUAGUGGCCCAAGGAGAGAGAAGUGGGUUUGCGACAGGCAGGGGAUCGGAAAAUGGGAAUUUGUACAUUCUCUCAACAGGUAUUUACUGAGCAUCUGCUCUAU